CUAUAAAUCACUCUGUUUCCUGCUACAACUUCCCCUCUUCUCUUCCGCAGUUUUCAGUCUAGGAUCCUCAAAAUCUCAAUCUUUUCUUUCUCUGUUGCAGAAACGCAAUCAUGCAAGUUCCGUUGAUAGACAGGAUCAACGAUCUUCAAGUGGGUUUAAAUUCUCUGCAAAACCCCUCUUUUUCUUCUCAGAUCACAACCUCCCUCGCUUCCGUUUCAAUAGCAUACAAUUUCUGCAAAUGGGGCGCAGUGAUUCUUGCCCUAGUGGCUACCUUCGGCAGCAUAAUCAACAGAAUCACCAUUUUCAUCAUUCGCUUCCGCACCAAAGCCCCUUCUUUUCACUCAAUCGAAGAAUACGACGACGUUUACUCCUCCACUGACGACGAGGACGAGGACUACGAAAACGACGACGAUGAUUUAACCUACUCGUCGUCAGAGUACGAAGACGAACCCUCCGCGUCUUCCAGCUUUAUUCGUUUGGAAGAUUAUUUCCGACUCAGAGGUACCAACGAUAGCGACGAUAACCAAAACGACGAGUUCCAGACCCAAAACGGCACGCACAAACGAUGUCGUAGCAUCGGAGAUAUAUUUUCCCUCUCAGAACUCGCCAGCAGCAAGAGCGUCGUGAAGCUCUGGGACAGCAUAGGCUUCGGGCUGGGGUUAGAUUUCGAUGAUUACGAGGACGGCGUCGUUUCGACUUAUGACCCCGCGAGCUCCACGGCGUCGCCAGCGGUGAUGGUCUCGGCCGGAGAGGGCGCGUGCGGGAAUCUGGCAGUGGAGAUUUGGGACACGCGCCUGCGGCGUCGGAAACCGACGGUGGUGGCGGAGUGGGGGCCCACCGUGGGCAAGACUCUGCGCGUGGAAUCUGGCGGCGUUCAGAAGGUUUAUGUUAGAGAUGACGGACGUAACGGCGUGACGGUGGGGGACAUGAGAAAUGUCAGCACGCCGUUAGGCAACGUGACGGAGUCUGACGCGGAUACUUGGUGGGAUGCGGACGCAAUUGUUGUUUCGGACGAACAGCAAUCAAUGUUGCAACGACCAACUUGAAUAAUUGAUGUUCCUUUUGGGUGCUGGAAAUAUAAUAAUAAUAAAAUGAAAAAAAAAAUACAAGGCCCCACCAUUUUUUCUUAAGAGAAAUUGUUUAUUUGUAUUAUUAAAUUUGAAGUUUAUAAUUGUAAAUUAAAAUAAAUUAGUUCUUUGAUUUUGUACAUACCUCAA